ACCCAAAGGUGCCAAGACUUGAGAGAGCAAUUUGAUCAAUUGAGAAAGUUGUAUUUUUGAUCUGUGACAAUGAAGCGCUUAAGUUUAAUGUGCGCUCUUGACUGACCUGUACACUCGCUGGACCCGUCUGCUCGCGUGCCCAUUUUCUUCUCUCGAUUGUGUUUGCUCGCAGAAUGAUGUUUCAUCUUGCUCGCGCGCGCAAUCUAGUGCUCGUUCAACUCUUGGAUCGGAUUUGAGAACAUAUUUAGCUGCCAUUGUGUUUUUAACGUUACAGCAAAGGGAACCGAUGCUAAAAAAGAGAGAUAACUAUGAAGACAUUUUGGAAGAGAGGAGGAACUCCAGCGACUUGAAAUAUGCAUUCGGGUGCUAUUCACGGGUUCUUUACAAGGGACUCACUCCCUGCAAUGCAAACAUGCUCAAGAAUAUCGUCUAUUCUGAUCAGCUACGCUAUGUGAUUAAUCAGGUGUCACAAGAGUCUGGCGAAGCCCAUGACAUCAUCCAGGAAGAGCCCUGUGUCAUUCUGGAGGAGAUGGCCUACCGGCUCCAGAUCAGCAUCGUCCACUUCUUUGCCUUCACCCUCAGCAAGCUCCAACAGGCCAUCCAGGAGCAUCCUGUGGUGUUGCUCCCCAGUCACUGUAGUUACAUGGACUUCCUGUUGAUGUCCUACAUUCUGUACACCUAUGACCUUGCCCUGCCUGUCAUCAUAGCCGCGGGAAGUAUGGGUGCUGAGGGUGCUGCAGCACCCCCUGAAAAAUCUGAAUAGAAAAGGAAAUAUAUACAGUACCAGUCAAAAG